AGUUGCACGCAGGCAUUGACAGUUAUGUGACAAUUAAUAGACAAAGUUUAUCUUAAUUUCUGUAUUAAAAUAUAUUAUUUUAAAUUAAACUAUUACUAAAAAUGAAGACUACAUUUAUGGUGGCUGAAAAGCCGUCUUUGGCAGCUUCUUUAGCCAAUAUAUUAAGUAAUGGAAAAUGUAGUUCUAGGAAAGGUUCAAAUGGCUCGUGCUCAGUCCAUGAGUGGGUUGGGCAAUUUAGAAAUGAAAUGGUUAAUUUUAAAAUGACCUCAGUAUGUGGACAUGUUAUGAGCUUGGACUUUAUAGGAAAGUAUAACAAUUGGGAUAAAGUUGAUCCAGCAGAGUUGUUUUCUUGCCCGACAGAAAAGAAAGAAGCUGUUCCAAAACUCAAAAUACCAAGUUUUCUGGCAAAAGAAGGUGGCUAUUGUGAUUACUUAGUUUUAUGGUUAGAUUGUGAUAAAGAAGGUGAAAAUAUCUGCUUUGAAGUUAUCCAAUCCAUUCAACAAGGAGGAUCAAAUAAAAGAUUAAAUUCCAAUGAUAUAUGGAGAGCAAAGUUCUCUGCGAUCACAGAUAAAGACAUAAAAGCUGCAAUGAAUAGUCUUGUUAAACCAAAUGAAAAUGAAGCAAGAAGUGUUGAUGCUCGACAGGAACUUGAUUUGCGAAUUGGAUGUGCAUUUACAAGAUUUCAAACCAAAUUUUUCCAGGGAAAAUACGGCGAUUUAGAUGCUUCCUUGAUUUCCUAUGGUCCUUGUCAGACUCCUACAUUAGGAUUUUGUGUUCAAAGGCAUGAUGAGAUACAGACUUUUAAGCCAGAUCCAUAUUGGGUACUUCAGGUCACAAUCAAGACUGCGGAUGGGCAAGACAUCAUUUUAAACUGGGGUAGAGUGCGAUCGUUUGAUAAGGAAGUAGCUAAUAUUUUUCUUAGUCAUGUGAAAGAACACGAUUACGCCACUGUGUCGAGCAUCACAAGUUCGGAAAAAUCCAAAGCAAGACCCAUAGCAUUAAACACCGUAGAGCUAAUGAGAGUAGCAAGUUCUGGCUUGGGAAUGGGACCGCAUCACGCGAUGCAAAUCGCCGAGCGUCUCUAUACUCAGGGUUACAUAAGUUAUCCUCGAACGGAAACUACGUCGUAUCCCGAAAAUUUCGAUUUAUUAUCUACUCUGAAGCAACAGCAGCACAGCCCGGAUUGGGGAGACGAGGUUCGUAAAAUUUUGAGCACUGGCAUCAAUAGGCCAAAAAAAGGUCACGACGCCGGCGAUCAUCCGCCCAUAACGCCGAUGAAGUCUGCAAGUAGGAACGAGUUGGACGGAGAUGCUUGGCGACUUUACGACUACAUCACCAGCCAUUUUAUUGCAACGCUAGCCAAGGAUUGUAAAUAUCUUAGUACGACUGUCAAAUUUGAAAUCGGCAUAGAAACAUUUACAGUUACCGGCCACUCCCUCAUAGAUCCUGGUUAUACCAGUUUGCUGACUUGGCAGGCGUUGAGUAACAACGAAUCGCUUCCUAGGUUUUCCAUCGGCGAGAGACUUAAGAUUGUAGACGCGAAACUACUGGAAUGCUUUACUCAGCCACCGGAUUAUCUGACGGAAUCCGAGUUAAUCAGUCUGAUGGAGAAGCACGGCAUAGGCACAGACGCCUCGAUACCAGUUCACAUAAACAACAUCUGCAUACGUAAUUACGUGACUGUGGCGUCCGGUAGAAAGCUUGUUCCCACGUCGCUCGGUAUAGUUCUCGUGCACGGCUAUCAAAAAAUCGAUCCAGAGCUGGUCCUGCCGACGAUGCGUUCGGCCGUUGAAGAGCAGCUAAAUCUUAUAGCCAUAGGGCGAGCUGACUUUCAUGCUGUGCUUCAGCAUACCGUCGAAAUUUUUAAACAGAAGUUUCACUAUUUCGUGCAGAGCAUUGACGCCAUGGACCAGUUGUUUGAGGUUUCAUUUUCUCCGCUUUCCGCUUCCGGCAAGUCGCAUUCAAGAUGCGGCAAGUGCCGUCGCUACAUGAAAUAUAUACAGACGAAGCCUUCGCGACUUCACUGUUCGCACUGCAAUGAGACAUAUAACCUGCCUCAGAAUGGCAACAUUCGCAUCUACAAAGAACUCAAGUGUCCGCUGGAUGACUUUGAACUGCUGUCUUGGUCUACUGGGACUCGUGGCAAGAGUUACACUUUCUGCCCUUAUUGCUUCAACAAUCCUCCGUUCAGGGAUAUGAAGAAGGGUCAAAGUGGGUGCAACGCUUGCACACAUCCCACAUGUCCCCACGGAUUGAACUCGAAUGGAUUGUCGAGUUGUUUGGAGUGCGAAACUGGUAUCCUCGUGUUAGACCCAUCGGCGGCACCCAAGUGGAAACUAGUCUGCAACAGAUGCGACGUCAUCAUUCAUUUGUUUGAAAACGCGCACAAAGUUAUGGUCGAAGCAGACGACGUCUGCGAUUGCGGAGCACAACUGGUCAUCGUCGAGUACAAACAGGACAAGAGCAAGCUGCCAAACGAGGCGACUGAGAUGACGGGUUGCGUAUUUUGUACGCCUGCGUUUACGAGCCUCGUGGAGAAGCACCGGGCCGUAGCAUCGAAACCCGUUGCUACGCGAGGACGAGGCCACGCCAAGGGUCGUAGUCGGGGUAAACCGAGACCGCCCAAGGACAAGAUGGCUCAACUCGCGGCCUAUUUCCUCUAACAUUUUGUCGUGUCCCUCGCGUUACGCGUCCUUAUUAAUUCUCCGAUCCGCCACAAGCUGUAAGAUAACGUGUUAAAGUGCAAAUUAAUCUCUCUCUCUCUCUCUCUCUCUCUCUCACAGCUCAGUUGCUUUUUAGUUAGUAUAUAGUUGUUACUAAAAACACGAGUGUUUUGUUCGUUUGCAAAUGUGCUCAUUGCGAGAUAAAGACGCAAGUCAAAAUCAACUAAUUGUACAACAGUUUGUAUCGAUUUUUACGUAUAGAUAAUUCCUCGUUGGCGAGAGUACUCUGUGUUGAAUUUUUUCUAACGAUUUCUAUGUUGCGUAUAGACGCUACGUUGCGAAUUCUAAUACACCGACAUCAAAGAGAAAAAAACAGACGAGAGAGAGAGAGAGAGAGAGAGAGAGAGAGAGAGAGAGAGAGAGAGAGCGCAAGAUAGUUCAGUGAGAUACGACGUCUGCGCGGUAUAAAUCAGCCUUUAGGUGUCCCUUCCCCCACCCUCGCUCGCUCACUCGCUCUCUCUUGUCCGACCGUUUAGAACAAGAAAGAGAAGCCAGGCGCAUCAAUUCGGCUGGGCCGCUCUUAUCCUCGCACACGCAACGAGGUCAUCUCUGGCUUUGGGGUUCGCCAUAUCGUGCGUGCCACGCUCAAAGAUACGGAUCACGAGGUAGCCAACCCUUUUCAUUUUAUAUGACAAAUUUUUUCGUUCUUUUGAUUUUUUAAUAAAGCCAACAAUG